GGGAACAGUCUUUUCCUGACCUUUCCUCAAGCCCUCCAAUAGUGCUGCAUGGGCACAAGAGCAGGAAGAAGGAGACACAGUAGGAUGAAGAAUCAGAUUGGAGACUUGGGGGAAAAAUGACCAAGUGAGUCCUUGUUAAGGAAGUCUGGCAGCUGCACACUCCUGCACGUGGAAUCAAUUACCAACCAAAGCCAACAGAGAUCUGACCAAACCCUCUUUCUCCUAAUUAGCAUCACUCACUGUUCUCCACAGUGCCAAGACAAGCCGUGCCCUGCUCUGAUUCCCAAACCUGUGAGCAAAUGGAUUGCUUUGAGAAUGGAAAGAUUUGCAAUCAAACAUGCUCCCAGCAGCACAGGGAGAGCAGUGGCUGUCAAGUGGCUGAGGCUGGCAGACCUGUCAGACGUCUCCGGAGGAAGAGAAGAUUGCCUCUGGAUUCGGAGGAUGAGGAGGAAAAUGCAUAUGAGGAUGAGGAGAAGAAUAAAUCAAAUAAUAUGAAAAGCCGCAGAAACACUAAACCAAUAAAACAAGUGCUUCCUGGAAAGAAGAAGGUAUGGAACUGGUCUUCCUACUUGGAAGAGGAACAGAUGCCAGCUGCUCCCCAAAAGCUGUUCAGAGAGGUUGGCAGGUUUUUUCACACUCUUGCUGUUUUUCUUGGGCAACAUCACAGGAUUACUGGCAGUCACAGGAUUACCAGCUCGGUGGAGUAUCAGUCAUUCCCACAAGGCCGAAAUGGAUUUAAAGUUGGAAUGAAAUUGGAAGGGGUGGAUCCUGAACACCCCUCUCGCUUCUGUGUUCUCACAGUUGCUGAGGUGCAGGGGUACAGGAUGCGGCUGCACUUUGAUGGUUACCCAGAGUGCUACGACUUCUGGGCUAAUGCUGAUUCCUCAGACAUCCACCCUGUGGGCUGGUGUGAAAAAACAAGCCAUAAGCUGCUCCCUCCUAAAGGUUUCAAGGAGGGAGAAUUUAAUUGGACUACUUAUCUGAAGAACUGCAAAGCUCAAGCAGCUCCAAAAAGCCUUUUUAAGACCCUCAGCAGUCCUGUCACACCUUCUGGGUUUCGUCUGGGAAUGAAACUGGAGGCAGUGGACAAGAAGAACCCGUCACUGGUUUGUGUCGCCACCAUCACAGACAUGGUGGAGAACCGGCUGCUGAUCCAUUUUGAUAACUGGGAUGAGAGCUACGACUACUGGUGUGAAACGAGCAGCCCAUAUAUCCAUCCUGUCGGCUACUGCCAAGAAACUGGAACCCCACUGACAACACCACCUGGAUACAGGGAUUCCAAAGCCUUCUCAUGGGAGAAAUACUUGGAAGAAACUAAUUCCCAAGCAGCCCCAGCAAGAGCCUUUAAACUGCGUCCUCCUCACGGAUUCCAGGUUAAUAUGAAGUUAGAGGCUGUGGACAGACGAAAUCCCAUCUUGAUAAGAGUGGCAACAAUCAUUGACAAAGACAACCAUCGCAUUAAGAUACAUUUUGAUGGCUGGGACCAUCACUACGAUUUCUGGGUGGAUGCAGACAGCCCUGACAUCCAUCCUGUAGGCUGGUGUGACAAAACUGGACACGCUCUGCAGGUCCCUCUAGGUGCUGAAGAUCCAGAGGGAGCAGUGGGACAGACGUGUCCUACUCCGGGCUGCCAGGGGAUCGGGCACGUGCGGGGCCCCCGAUACGGAACACAUUACACCUUGGUUGGCUGUCCAUACUCUGAUGUGAACCUCAGCAGAGAAAACCUCUUACAGGACCGGCUGAGUGGGGAGAGACCUUCCCCUGGGAACAUCAUGCAGAAAGCCAGGAGGCUGGAGACCCCUGGCCCAUUGCUGGGAGCAGGGGAGUCUUCUCAGGGUGACUCUUCACAAUCCAGAAAAUCUGCACCAGACAGUGAAAAGUGGUGUCAAAGCAGCAUCCACACUCCAUCAGAGCAAUCGGAAGACAGUCGGGAGAGAGGCUGGGGAGAGGAGGAUUCCUCUGCAGACAUCAAAACCACACCAAAAACGCUCGGGUGCUCACAUGCCUAUAUCAAGUUUCAGCUAGUGAAACAGGAAAGCAAUGGGAAAGGCACUGAUUUGGAUCUCCAGCAGGCCCUCCACCAGUCUAUCUUCAUGCCUUCCCUGGCCUCUAACCCGACCCACCGCCUCCAUCUCUUCUGGGAGCAGCACUGCAGGCUCUUGCCGGAGGUCUCGGGCCUGACAGCCAAACAAGUUGCCAAAUGGACUGUGGAGGAGGUGGUGAACUUUAUCCAGCGUUUACCUGGCUGCAAAGAGCAAGCAUCUGUGUUCAGGGAAGAGCAGAUUGAUGGCGAGGCCUUCCUGCUCCUCAAGCAGAAUGACAUCGUUAAAAUACUCAGCAUCAAGCUGGGCCCUGCCCUGAAGAUCUACAAUGCUAUCCUCAUGUUCAAGUCUGCAGAAGACAACUGAGAAGAGGCCUUUGGCAGAUCCAGGAGGAACUGACAGCUGAUCUUCAGCUGUGAGCAUUACAACACGCCGGACAGGUGGAUUGGGACUCUGAUGUAUUUUAAGUAGAAUUUAGUAAAAAUGGUUUGAGGUUAUAAAAAUCCUGCCACAGUUUGGAAUAUGAGGCAGCUUCACUUCCAAGAAGAGGAUAUUAUUAUAUUUUGUAAUUGAAUUUGGUUUUGAUAUAUCAAUCUCUUUUUGAGAUCAAGAAGAAACCUCCAGUUCUAAGGGGAAUCCAGGGUAGCACUGGUGGAGCUGCAGGAGCAAGAAGAAAGUUUUGAGUAAGACUGGCUUUGUGUCCAGUGAUAGUGCCUGAAAGACUGAGUGAUCACCAGCGAGAUUAAUGUGUUCUGUGUAAUAAGAGAGGAAAAAUAUGCACUUCCAAGCAAUUCCCCCGUAUCCUUCACUGCUGUGACUCAGGAGCUGACCUUUUCAGGACUGAUUGUUAAAUUCCAGUUUUUCAUACUGAUCCUGGUUGUUGUGAUACCCUUGGCUGCUGGGCUGCUUGUACCCUGGCAGGAAGGGAGCGUGGGCAGAGGGUUUCCAUCAGGGAUGACUUGCAUUGGUUCUGCCAGCAAGCAAAAUAUCCUCAUUCCUGUCACUCCCUGUCAGGUGGGCUUUGGUUAGGCAAAGAUCCCAUAAGGGCAUCUGCUGCUGGAGACAGAGAGAUGUGUUUUAGCUGUAAUUCUCCCAUCAGUGCUUUUGUGCAGCUCCUUCUGUGCCAGGAACACCUGGCAAAAUGGCACAAUCAGGAGCACUUGGGCAUUGGUGUGUGUUUGUUCUUGCCCUCUCCACUGUCAGCCAAAUGCUAGGAAUAGGAGUUGGAAAGCCAGCAGUGGCCAGAGAGUGUGUGUAAACAGAUUUCCAAGAAACAAAUGGCUUUUCUUUUGAGCCAUCCAAACUGAUGAAUGUGAAGUGCUUUGGCCUUUGUCCCUUGAGGUGGGCUCAGGUGUGUUCUGCCAGAGAGCUGGAGGGCAGAGCAGCAAGCAGAGCACACAGGGAUGUGAGAUUGGAGAGGAAUCAGGACUUAAACAGCAAAAUGAGGGAACAAUUACUUCCCAAAAGAGAGCUGCUGUGUGUGGGGAAGGUGUGGAGCCUGGGGCUGUGUUCCUGCACGUGCAGCCUGUGCUCUCCUGGCUGGGAGCACGGGUGGCUCCUGCUCCAGCAGAGCCAGUUUAAGGAGCAUGCCCAUGGACAUCCUGGGGGAGGGUUUCCACAUGGGCACUUCCCAAGUUGUCCUCUCCCCAUGGAAGCCCUGGCAGAUGGGGUGAGUCCUGCUGGGCUCCGUGUGAUGUUCCCAUUGCUGUUGGCAGCACCAGCUCGUGGCUCUCUCCUUGGCCACUCUCCCUGAUGGCUGUUUGGCUGUUCUAGAACCACCUCAGCUCAGGCAGCCCUUGCAGCCCCUCAUCCAUAGCUGCCAGGCUGAAUCCUGUGUGUGGGAACCCGUGGGACACUGGGGGUGUGACCUGGAGCUGCCAAAGGCAGGUUCUGCCCUCAGCCUCUGCCAGGCUGUGUGGGUGUCUCAGGACACUGCAUGGUGAUGUCAUCCAUCCACAGGCACCUCAAACUCCCUUGGCAUCUCUGCCACCAGCGUGGCUUCCCAGGAGCUGUCAGGAACAGAGUGAACACGCUGUCCAUGACUGUGUGGUGACACAAGGAACACACUUGUUCCCCCUUCCUGUGUCACCCACAUCCUUUGUCCAACCCUCCUGCUGCUGAGAAGGUUCUUGUGACUUGUCUGAAGCAGAAGGUUCCUUAAAAUUGUAAAUAGAAUCCACACCCCUGAAGCAAUUCAGUCCUGGAAUAAUAUUUAGAGCAGUUUGUUUCCAUGUAUUUUUUAUUUUUAAUAAGAAUUUUGGGAGUUUAAGCCUUCACAGAGAAGACACAGGUUUGGUGGGAUAUUUAAUAGCUGAACCAUUAAAUAUCAGCCAGGCAGCUGUAGGGGAGAAAUUUAUUGCAGUGUUAAGGACUAGGCAAGGGGUGAAUUUAGUUUAUUAAAAUACAUUUUUAGUAUGAUAACCAGGAUAUUCACCAAAGAGCCACAUUCCUUUAUCCUGCUCUGCACAUCCAGUGUCAACAUUAAGACUUGAAUUGUAAGUGGCAUGUCCUGUCCUCUGACAGAACUCACCUUCUGGGCAAAGCAAAAUUGUUUCUUGACAACUGGAACAGAAGAUCCAGAGCUGGGCUGUUUUAUUCCUGGCUCUCCACUGACUUGCUAAGUAGUCCUGAGCCCUUCCUUGCCCCUGUUCCCCCCUCUGUGACACCCAGCCUGGUGGGGCAAGUGCAAUUUUGCCUUUUUCUUGUUUCAAACAAGCAGGUCCUGCCAGAUUUUCUGUUUCACCUCCUUCCUUUGGGAGCCUGAUUUGGGGGACAGCAGAUUGCCUCUAGCAAUAAACCAAAAUAUAAUAUUAAUUCUAUUUCUUUUACUAUAUAUAGGUGGAGGUUGAAGAGAAUCAGUUAAACAAGCCAUGAGAUUCUAGUCAGUGACAUUAUUCAAACAGAAGAGAAAUCUUUAAUCCUUGGGGCCUCCGAGCCAGCUGGAUCAAAGAGGAAAAUGUGUACUUGGAGGUUGUUCAGUGACAGCCAGCACAGUGCUUUCAGCAGGGGGGAAGGAGGAACCUUUUAGGGAUGAAAGAAGGAGGAAUGUGCUUCUUGUGCCUUUUUUUUGUAAUCUGAUAAUUGUCUUUGUAGAGCAAGCAAGAAUGUGCACACAUCUAUUACCCACUCCUUUCCUAAAUAUAGCUGUAUUCCAAUUAAAUCCAGCAACUUCACAGGACAAAAAGAUUUCCAGUGUCUUCCCUGGACAUAUUUAAAACUCCCUGAUAUUUACAAUAUAGCAAAAAACUAAGCCAUCUCAUCUUUUAGCCCCAUAACUUAGGAAUUCAUCAGCUGCUGGUGCCAUGCCGCUUGUGUCAGGGCAUGCUGCUUCCCGCUGUGUCUCAGUGAGUUGUUCCUGCUGCCAGUCCAAACUCUGCUCUGCCCGUUCCCAGUCCUGCUCCAGGCCUGUGGCAUGGCCAGGGCUCUGCUGAGGCCUUUGGUUAUCUGAUGCCUGCCUUGUGUAAUUUGAAAUGUGCACUUUGAAGCAAAAAUCCAAAUUGCUCUGUGGGGAGCAAAACUGAAGCUGAUUAAUGUCACCUGGGGUUGGGAGGAUUUUGAGUCUGCUGAAUGUCAGCAAGAGCCAGUUGUUGGCCCAACUGAACCCACGAGUCUCUUAGCAAUACAGGUAUAUUCCUUAGAACCAACUCGGAGCUGUGACAAGUUCCCAUGGGCCAGCAGAGCAGUUAGGAAUUUCCAGUUCCCAAAAUCUUAUUCCUGGCUGUGUUUUUGUUCCCUUUUUGUUGUUUUUGAAAUUCAAAGCAAUCAGAAUUUUUCUCUUUUCCUCUUCGCCUCGGCUGGAAGUCCUGUUAAAUUUUUUCUGUGCCAUCACCAACAAUCAUCCCCGUAAUCCAGUAGCAGCAAAUUUCAGCUCUGGGUAAUGAAUCACAUUAAAGUUGGACAGGAGCAUUUGGCAUCGCUGACAGCAAAACUCUGCAGCUGAAGGAAAAGCCCAACACUUGGCCCAGGGAUAAGCCAGUUCAGCUGUACAAGAUUUCCUGCGUGCUACUUUUAUGCCCUACUUAGGGAUUUAUACCACAGAGAGCUUUAAAGUUUUUGACAUCCCCCCCAUGAUGUGAUAAGCCAGCUUAUUUUGGAGAUUCCUUUUACUUGAACUGGAAGCACGUGCAGGGGAAGAGAGCAGGGCCUCGGCUCAGCCUCAGAAAUGUCUGCCUGUUUUAAACCAAAUACUUGAGCUUUUCCACACUAGCCAUGACCUUGCACUCCACUGAUGCUUUCCUCUGGAAAUGUGAAUAAAAUUAAUAUAAGUU